UCAAGGUGGAAAUGGCCCUGAAGGUUGAAAAUUACAACUACACUAAAGAGCUGGAGAAUAAGUCAUCGCUACAAUACAAGUUAAUCGAGAAAAACUUUACCAAUGAGAUGGACUUCGUUUACAGAGAUACUCCAGGAUACAUAAGAACAGAGGUUUUGAAAAUGACGAAAGGAAGUGUGGUAGUAGAUUUCAACAUUAUUAUCCAAAUUGUGACAACCGAUCCCAAAAACGAAACAACCAUUGCAGAUAAAAAGGCCUUCGUCGUUCAAACAACGAGUAAAGAAGCCGAAGAUGGUUUUGUAAAGCAGCUAAAAGUGUCCAAGGUUAUUCCAAAGACCGAACCUCCAGAACCUAAUAGUGUGGAGAUCUUCGAUAUGAAAUCAGAUGAGCUGAGUGUUCGAUGGAAACUGUCGGAAGAUGCUGAAACUUUCGACGCACGCACUUACUCGGUGCAAUACAGAGCAUAUGGUGAAGAGACCUACAGCGAGCAUACUCAAACAGCAACCACUGAAACUACAAACUACCCUUACAGGAUUAAGUCUCUCGAACCUGAGACUAUUUACUUGAUACGGGUCGGUGCUGCUAACCCGUAUGGACCCAAUUUCAACGAGGAAACCGGCCAUGAAACCGAACCCGCACCUUUUGCUUGGUGGAUUAUUUUCUUGGCCGUGUUAGGUGUCCUCUUGAUUCUUGGCAUACUCAUCGGCAUUAUUAUCUACAGACGCAGGAGAGCGCGGGACAGAAGAGAGCAAACAGAGGCUCGGUUUCAAGCUCUUGAAAACCAAACCGGGUCUCAUAAGGGCGAAGUAGCAGCUUACCAUGGGGAGAAUGUUAAAGGAUUGUCAUACUCGUUUAAAAACACUGCUUACAAGCCGGGUGAGAUGAACUGGGAAGAGUUUCCGCACGAGAAUAUCAAACUGUUGGAUGAACUAGGUUCGGGAGCAUUCGGCAUCGUUUUUAAAGGAGAGCUGCAACAAGAGAACGGGAAUAUCAUUCCUUGCGCAGUAAAAACCUUAAAACCAUCUGCCACAAAGGUGGAAAGGAAAGACUUGUACAAUGAGUUGGAAAUCAUGGCCAACGUAGGACACCAUCCGAACCUUGUGAAUUUGAUUGGAGCAUGCACACAAGAUGACCUCCUACUCGUUAUAAUAGAGCUAGCAGAAAACGGCUGCCUGUUAGAUUUCUUAAAACAGUCCCGACAACAAGAUGGAAAUAACACUACAAGCGGCUUAACAGAACAUAUGAAAACAUCGAUAGCCGUCGAUGUAGCGCGAGGAAUGGCACAUUUAGCACGCUGUAGGUGUAUCCACCGAGAUCUCGCAGCAAGGAAUGUUUUACUGGGGAAGGACUACGUUGCUAAGGUUUCCGAUUAUGGUAUGGCACGUGAUGUUUAUGAACAGCUGAUGUACAAGAAAGAAACUCAGGGUAAACUUCCGGUUAAAUGGAUGGCUGUCGAGUCCUUGGAGACAUACACUUUCACGAUGGAAUCUGACGUGUGGGCUUAUGGAGUACUGCUUUGGGAAAUAGAAUCAGGAGGGUUGAAACCUUAUGCUGGCCUUAGUACUGCGGAGCUGAUAGAAAACCUAAAGAACGGAUACAGAAUGGAAAAGCCUAACGGAUGCUCAGACGAAAUGUACCAGACCAUGAGAGAUUGUUGGAAUUCAAGUCCUAGUGCAAGACCAAAUUUUGACGAGCUUGUUGUUCGUCUUGAGAGCACAAUCACGACUUAGUUUACAUUAUAUUUCAUUAUCAGCGACAACAGCAACAACAACAAAGAAAAAACUACAACAACUAAACAGGGAAUUUUUACAGGAAAUAGUAAGGUUUAAAUAAUUAAAAAAUUACGUUAGGACUAUCAAGGAAGACGAUUUAGGCUGAAACACCAUAUUUGUUCACCGAGAGGCUAUGCAAAGUAAAAUUCUCGAUGGAAAUUCUUAAUGGUGUUACCUUUGGUAGAUGAUGAAAAUACCUAAACUGAGUAAGUUUAACUUGAUCGCCUCUCGUUAGAAAUUAGAAUCGACAUCGUGGUUGUUCAUAGCCGUUUUUUUUUAAUAGUAAGACUUUUGUUACCGUUUCCCUACACGUGUCAAAUGGUAUCAAAAUUGUAACAGAGACAAAAUUGCUGCUUUGCGAAGACAGCGCGAACUUAGAGGGACUCUCCUAAUUUACUAUGAUGUUCGUUUACUAUAAUGUUAAAGGAAAUGAUAUUUAACUGCUUUGAUUUUUCUUUAUUAAUACUAUAAUCGCUUAGAAAAGGUGAAGCAACUGAAAAAAAGCAAUAGAUAAACUUCAAAUUACAACUGAAAAUCAGUUCGUUAGGGCAUCGCACAUAAUGCUUAUUGUUCUUGGCAUAUUUCUUAUAAGGGAGGAGUGGGAGGAAUAUUAAACCGAGUUAGCCGAGCAGUGAUACGAUUUGGAAAUACAGUGGAACCCACUAACUUCUUAUGGAAACAAAAAAUGUUUCGAGUUAACUGAAGUUCGAGUCAAUGGGGUUCCGCCAUCUUUACUCUUGCAUAAGCUUUUAUUUGGUUCCAGUAAAUCUGCUGUUGAUUGCUAUAUUAGCAGAAAGUUCACGACAGCAGAUCUGUGAGGUGUAAAUUACAUUGAUAAUAAUAAGAAGCUUAUUUCAUAUAUGUAAGGUAACACCUAAUAAAUUCUGGUACCUUUUGAAUUGAA